AUGUUCUCCGGCCGAAUGGAGGGAGCCCGCAGGGGACGGUCCUUCGACUCCAUGAACUCCAGCUUCGAGGAGAACCAGCUGAAUAACGAGUUAAAUAAGUCAAAUUACACAAUGAUUGAAGACAAUAAAGAGAACAAAGACAAUUCAGCUGAAAGAGGUAGAGCAGCUGUCAUUUUUUCCUUAAAGAAUGAAGUUGGAGGACUUGUAAAAGCACUAAAACUCUUUCAGGAGAAACAUGUAAAUCUGAUGCACAUCGAGUCGCGAAAGUCAAGGCGAAGAAAUUCAGAGUUUGAGAUCUUUGUGGACUGCGAUAGUAACAUGGAACAACUGAAUGAGAUCUUCCACCUACUGAAAUCCCACGUCAAUAUUGUAUCCGUGAACCCCACAGAUAAUGUCACUGUGCAGGAGGAUGACAUGGAGAAUAUACCCUGGUUUCCUAAGAAGAUCUCAGAUUUGGAUAAAUGUGCGAACCGUGUUCUGAUGUAUGGGUCUGAAUUGGAUGCCGACCAUCCAGGUUUCAAAGACAAUGUCUAUCGUAAGAGGCGAAAGUAUUUUGCAGACUUAGCUAUGAACUACAAACACGGUGACCCAAUCCCCAAGAUUGAAUUCACUGAGGAGGAGAUUAAGACCUGGGGCACUGUAUUCAGAGAGCUCAACAAGCUCUACCCAACUCAUGCCUGCAGAGAGUACCUUAAAAACUUACCUUUACUCACCAAAUACUGUGGGUACCGAGAAGACAAUAUCCCCCAGCUGGAAGAUGUAUCGCGCUUCCUGAAAGAGCGCACAGGUUUCACCAUCCGUCCAGUUGCCGGAUAUUUGUCACCCAGAGAUUUCUUGGCAGGCUUAGCAUUCCGAGUUUUUCACUGCACUCAGUAUGUUAGGCACAGCUCGGACCCCCUCUACACCCCAGAGCCCGAUACCUGUCAUGAACUCCUGGGUCAUGUCCCACUCUUGGCUGAACCCAGUUUUGCUCAGUUCUCCCAGGAAAUUGGCCUGGCAUCGCUUGGGGCAUCAGAUGAGGCUGUUCAAAAACUGGCAACAUGCUACUUCUUCACUGUGGAGUUUGGUUUAUGUAAGCAAGAGGGACAGCUACGAGUCUAUGGGGCUGGUUUACUUUCUUCCAUCAGUGAGCUCAAGCAUGCUCUCUCUGGCAAUGCCAAAGUCAAGUCCUUUGAUCCUAAGGUGACCUGCAAGCAAGAAUGCAUCAUCACAACUUUCCAGGAAGUCUACUUCGUUUCUGAAAGUUUUGAAGAAGCAAAGGAAAAGAUGAGAGAGUUUGCAAAAACAAUCAAGCGCCCGUUUGGAGUAAAGUACAACCCAUAUACGCAAAGCAUACAGAUCCUGAAAGACACCAAGAGCAUCGCUAGUGUGGUGAAUGAGCUGCGUCAUGAAUUGGACAUUGUCAGCGAUGCCCUCAACAAGAUGGGCAAGCAACUGGGCAUCUAA